AAACUUUUCGUAGCUGCUUCUUUUGCUCUUUUGGCCUUGGCUGCCGCUGAUGUUAGCCAUUUGUCCAAUACCUAUUUGCCACCUGUUCAACAAACCUACUCGGCUCCUUCCAACGAAUACUUGCCUCCUGUACAAAGCACCUACUCUGCCCCCUCGGUCAGCUAUUCAGCUCCAGUGCAAACCACCUAUUCUGCUCCUGCUGUACAAACCACCUACUCUGCUCCAGCUGUUCAGUCUUUCUCCACCUACUCUGCCCCAACCAGUGAAUAUUUGCCUCCUGUCCAAAGCACUUACUCUGCUCCUUCUGUCAGCUACUCUGCUCCAGCUGUUCAAACCACCUACUCAGCUCCAGCUGUACAAGCCACCUAUUCUGCUCCAGCUGUCCAAACCACUUACUCUGCUCCCGCUGUCCAAGCUACCUACUCUGCUCCAGCUGUGCAAACCACCUACUCGGCUCCCGUCGCCACUUUCCAACAACAAUCGUACUCAUCUGGUAGCUAUUCCUCAGCUGGUGCUGAUGUUGGUACUCAAUAUGCUGCCAACGGUGGUUAUGUCUACAAGAAGAACAAGGACAAAUUUUGUUGUUAUAUUAAGAAUCAAGAAGGACAAAAUGUCAUGAUGUUAAGUCAAUGUAAACUUUUCGUAGCUGCUUCUUUUGCUCUUUUGGCCUUGGCUGCCGCUGAUGUUAGCCAUUUGUCCAAUACCUAUUUGCCACCUGUUCAACAAACCUACUCGGCUCCUUCCAACGAAUACUUGCCUCCUGUACAAAGCACCUACUCUGCCCCCUCGGUCAGCUAUUCAGCUCCAGUGCAAACCACCUAUUCUGCUCCUGCUGUACAAACCACCUACUCUGCUCCAGCUGUUCAGUCUUUCUCCACCUACUCUGCCCCAACCAGUGAAUAUUUGCCUCCUGUCCAAAGCACUUACUCUGCUCCUUCUGUCAGCUACUCUGCUCCAGCUGUUCAAACCACCUACUCAGCUCCAGCUGUACAAGCCACCUAUUCUGCUCCAGCUGUCCAAACCACUUACUCUGCUCCCGCUGUCCAAGCUACCUACUCUGCUCCAGCUGUGCAAACCACCUACUCUGCCCCAGCUGUUCAGACCACCUACUCUGCUCCCAGUGUAAGCUACUCUGCCCCAGCUGUUCAAGAAACCUACUCUGCCCCAGCUGUCCAAACCACCUACUCCGCUCCUUCUGUAAGCUACUCUGCUCCUGUUGUCCAACAAACCUACUCUGCCCCAGCUGUUCAAACCACCUACUCAGCUCCUGCUGUCCAACAAACCUACUCUGCCCCAGCUGUCCAAACCACCUACUCAGCUCCUGCUGUCCAACAAACUUACUCUGCCCCAGCUGUUCAAACCACCUACUCUGCUCCAGCUGUCCAACAAACCUACUCUGCUCCCAGUGUAAGCUACUCUGCCCCAGUUGUCCAACAAACCUACUCCGCUCCUUCUGUAAGCUACUCUGCUCCUGCUGUCCAACAAACCUACUCAGCUCCAGCAGUCCAAACCACCUAUUCCGCGCCUGCUGUCCAACAAACCUACUCUGCCCCAGCUGUUCAAACCACCUACUCUGCUCCAGUUGUUCAACAAACCUACUCUGCCCCAGCUGUUCAGACCACCUACUCCGCACCAGCUGUCCAGACCACCUACUCAGCUCCAGCUGUUCAACAAACCUACUCUGUCCCUACUGUAACUGAUACUCAAUACGCUGCCAAUGGUGGUUACAUUUACAAGAAGAAGUAAAUCGUCUGAAACUGUUAAACUAUUUAAUUUUAG